UUGAAUCGUGCUAUCAUGUCGGCUCACUUGAUGUCUCUACACAGAUGUUGCCAGCGGUCAGCUCUCCUCCUUGUUGCUAGGCGACCAUGGAGCUCCAGCUCGGUGUCUUCUCCACCUCCCCUGCACACGAGACUACUCCUCUACCUCACCCAGCGGUUUUAUGAUGUGGAGAUGCUCCUGAGAUGGAGGUCUCAGCUGAAGAGGAGGGGGAUUCAGAAGAAGAAUGUUUACUACAGCUACACUCAGAGGUUUCAUGGGGCAUACAUCGCAGCAGCAUAUUAUAUCUUGAGUAUAAAGGGGGGAUUUAGGUAUGUUGAUCAGACAGACUGGUUUCGUCCUAACCAGAGGGGAAAGUUCAGUUGGGACUUCAUGAAUCACAAAGACACACACCUAGAGGAAGUAGACAUGAGCUACACUGUCAUCAACUACUCAGGACUGCAGAACCUGGAGGGACAGCGAUCUUUGAGGACUCUGUCAUUACGAGGGUGUUCUGAAGUGGACGAUUGGUUCCUGGCCAGGCUCCAUAUGUUCCAGGACUCUCUGGAAGAACUGGACAUCUCUCACUGUCCACGCAUCACUACAGGCGGCCUGGCUGCACUGAGGAAUCUCAAGGGACUGCGGCGUCUGGACAUAUCAUCCCUCCCCGGGAUUUCGACUCCUGGUUUGGUCAUCAUCCUGCUGGAGGAAAUGUUACCACUGUGCCAAAUCACUGCUAAUGGCUAUGACCACAACCUGAGGCCGGAGGAAGGAGAGGAGAAGAAACACACACAAGCGCAGAGGUAGUGCGCGGACAGGGAAAUGAAUCAGAGGAAUCAAGUCCUCUGACACAGCUCUGCUUUGACAGAAAGGGUGGCAACAGGGCAAAGGGAGGUGCAGAGUAAACACCUGACAUGAGAAGAGAAGUCACAUGCAGCAAUUCCAAGACAGUUUAGGUUGAUCACAGAGAAAGGUUUGAAUUGUACUACUGACAUCUGCACAAGUCUUGACAACAACCAAAAGGAUAAACCUAUUAUAGGCUCAAAUUCCAUUGGACAAUGACAACAUACAAUUAUAAUGAUAUGAAAGUAUGAAAAAGAAAAAUGCAGCGAGUGUGGAACAAGAAUGAACUACCUCAAGUUUGUUGGAUUACUUGGCAUUCAAGGCAUAUGUUAUCACAGUCUGCUUGUCAAAGUGUGUUAUUGUCUCCCAGAAUCAAUUUGUUGUCAAGAGUGUGCACAUUAAUGAUACUAAUCUAAAUUUAUAUCAUGUCUCUGUCUCAAACAAAUUGCACUUUGUCUGCAUAUGUGGCAACGGUUUUAUUUGUUGUUAAAAUGUAAAUAUGAUUGUAAAUGUUCUAAAUAAAGAUUGAAUUGUUCAAUAUUA